AGAUUUUUUUUCAUUUCUGACCUCAAAAUUUGUGAGACCCGAGAGAGACCCAAUUCUCAUACCUUUUUCCCCUUCUCCCUCUCGUCUCUCUCUUCCCUUCGCCCUAGUCGCACUCCCGUAACCACCAUCAUCCUCAGCUCCGACCACCUAACCACCAUCCUCACACCCGUUUUUCUCCGAGCCAAGCUCCAAAUCUCAGGCACUCGUGAACCCAACCCCCGAACCAAGUGACCCCAGGUGCGAGCCCACCUCUGCGUGCCUUCGACCCAGUGAGAGCCCACCAUUGAUGAAGUUGAAAGGCGGCUUUCUUGGACCACUGGUCGUGCAACCGAUGCACUUGAUACUUUGCUAGAUGAAGGUCUUGCAAUGAUUGAUGACGGCCAUAGAGAUGGUAGACGCUGAUAUUGGUUCCCCUACGUUUCUCCUAUUGCAUCAUCACUUGGAGUCGAUUCUUAACAGGGUUGAGGAUGUGUGGAGGUCUCAAUCGUGAAGUGAUGCCACAUCUUGCAAAAACUUAUGCAGCUGUCAAUUCACUUAUUACUAUCGGUGGUCAUGAAGCUUUGUCUUCAAUCAAUAGAAGUACAUUAUACAUGUUUCUGCAGCGGAUGAAACAGCCAAGUGGGGGUUUCAGGAUGCAUGAUGGUGGAGAAAUUGAUGUUCGGGCCUGCUAUACUGCCAUUUCAGUUACAAGUAUUUUGAACAUUUUGGAUGAUGAACUAGUUCAGAAUGUUGGAAAUUACAUAUUAAGCUGUCAGACUUACGAAGGUGGCAUUGGUGGAGAACCUAACUCUGAAGCACAUGGUGGGUACACCUUUUGUGGGUUGGCUACAAUGAUUUUGAUCAAUGAGGUCCAUCGUUUGGACUUGUCUCCUUUAAUUGAUUGGCUGGUAUUUCGUCAAGGAGGGGAGUGUGGAUUUCAAGGGAGAACCAAUAAAUUGGUUGAUGGAUGCUAUUCCUUUUGGCAGGGAGGUUCUUUUGCAUUAUUACGAAGAGUCGGUUCAUUUAUUGAUGAACAACUGAUGAGGCCAGAUGAUGUUGGACGUUGCAGCACUUCCACAGUAUCUGAUAUACCUGAACAGGGAGGUCUAAAUGCUUCUUUCCAUGUGAAUUACAAUGAUAUUGGUCAUAACUUUAUCACAACAUGUCCAGUAAUGGAGCACCUUUUCAACAGCCAUGCAUUGCAGCAAUACAUACUUCUAUGCACACAGGUGGUACUUAAAGAAAAUCUAGUUCUAACAUUAUUUAGGGAUGAGUAUAUACUUCUGCAUGAGGAAUAUCAGCUCUAUGUUCUACCCAGAAUUUUGGAAUCAAAGAGGACGGCAAAAUCUGGACGCACCAAGCAAAAAGAAGCAGAUUUGGAAUAUAGUGUUGCAAAGAAGGUUGAAAAAAUGAUUAGGUAUAUUGAGAUGAUUUCUUUGGAGCAAUUCUUGACAACAUUUGUAGUUGAAGCCUUUAGAAUGGAAGAAUGUAUUUCACUAAUUUUUGUUUACAUUUCUUGUUUUGAAUUUAGUGAUAAAGGAAUCUGAAUUGGGCAUAAAUUAUGUUGUAAUAUGAUUUCUUAAGCCUACACUAGUAAACUAAAUUUUGUAAUUACAUUUGAGUAAUUAAUAAAAAUCUAUUUAUGUUA